AUGAAUAAACUGGAAGAAUCAACGCACGAUCGUGAAAUUAAAUUAUUAUUAAAAGAAAGUAAUUUUCCUGAAGGUGCAGUUAAACGGGCUGCUGAAAAAGCAGCGAGAAGUUUUCAAAGUACACAACCGAAGGUAUUUGCAUGGCAAAUAUUACGCGAAUCAGUAACAGAUAAUGAGCUUCGAAAUGUGCAAAUAUCUCUUCGAACAUUCCACGGCGAAACGGCUGCACAUUUACUUUCACGGCAAUUACCUAAAAUUAGGUUAGUUGUCGAAGCAACAAUGUCGUAUUUUAAAUGGGACCAAUUAAGUGAUGAAAACCAAUUAACGAAGGCAAAAUUAUUAUUAAGCCACUUAAAAAAUAAUGCUAAAGUAAGGAAUUGGACAUUACGAGAAGGACGACCGAACAGAGUGACAAACAAUAUGGAUGUAAUUUUGAAGCGUUAUGCAGCUUUGCUUGGACCAGGAGGAUUGGCUGCAGUUGGUAUUCUACCUGGGCAAGUAAAUCAACUUAACUGCUAG